GUUACAUGUGUUAAGAUUCUUCUGUCUCAAUGUUAACCCUUUACACUCGUCGUGGGAAUUGGCCUAUAUGGAUGGGGCUCAAUUGAAAUGUUUCUUACAGAAAUAUGAAAAGCAUAAGCAUGGUAGCUAUUGAAAGGGAAGAGUUUGGACCAAAGUUGAGUACACAAUCUUUCACCUGACACCAGACUGAAUCCAAAUAUUACACUGUUGAUUUUAUAUGCAUUUAAUAUUUACUGUAUUUUUCACCCAUAUUUGUUGAUAUCAAAGUCUGGAAAAAACUCUGGUUACAUUCAGUAACAUGAUAAGAAUAUUAAUGGGAAAGUUGGGGAAGAUGCAACAUGACAAGGGUUUGAGUGAGGGGUCUAACUAGUGUUUCCAAGGGGCCACACACCUCUCCAAAGUGGGCAGUUCCUAGAUGAUUUCAAUGCACUUUUAUGACUCAAAGAAUAGUCUUUUUGAGCUUUCCUAAAUGUGCCGUUGAUGAACUAGAGCAAGCACACUUAUAUUUAUUUUGUUUGGAACACAAACCUGCAUCCCUGCCAUCACACAAUUACUGUUGUUUACACAAUCCGGGUCAGGUGGGCAUCAUUUGAUAGCUUGUUCUGCUGGCAACAUGACUAGCUAAGUUAUAAAAUAAGAUCUUAGUGUUAGGCUUUCGCUAGGCAAUUCAGAGAAACAGAUGGUAAUUUUAGUGUGUGUAGAAAGGAGUCGGGAGUGCAUCCAGGUGUGUAUUCUGCAGUGAAUUUUCUCCACAAUAGAUAAACUUAGGCUCAUUCUGUUCAGAACAACCCAUGGUAUGAUGUCACGUCACCUUGGAACUGCACGUCAAACAUAGUCAUCAAAACACUAUAUAUGAUAUUGAAAUGUGAAGUGCACAUUUCAUUUGGACUCACGGGUGUUUGGCUUGACAACAAAACAGUAUUUAUAAUCCUCAGAGUCCUCUUAAUUUACAGCAUUCCCCUCACUCCGACAACUAUUUUAUUUGAUCAAAAGUUGCGCAAUUAGCGGGAAGGGUGGGGGACAACUUCUUGUCGUGGGCGGUGCUCAAGUUCCGAAAGGCUGUCAGUCAAAACCCACACAGCGUUGGGAAGCUCCGACGUCAUUUAUAAACUGGGUGGUUCAAGGCCUGAAUGUGAAUGCUGAUUGACUGACAGCCAUGGUUUACGGUCUGAUAUACCACGGCUGUCAGCCAAUCAGCAUUCAGGGCUCGAACCACCCAGUUUAUAAAUGCCGUAAAGGUUAUGACAAAACAUUUAUUUUUACUGCUCUAAUUACAUUGGUAACCAGUUAAUAAUAGGAAAAAGGCACCUCAUGAGUUUGUGGUAUAUGGACAAUAUAUCACGGCUAAUGGCUGUGUCCAGUUACUGUACAGCCACUGCGUUCCAAUUUAGGUGCUUAACAGUGUCCAACUCUGCCAUUUUCAACCCGUAUACGGUUAUGAGUGUAAAGGGCUACACUGGGCUCUUAAAAUUGCCUUACUGACGACUUAUUCGAAACAAAUUAACUGGAUACUGGAGGAGAGUUAUUGGGUAGGGUAUUGUUUUUGUGUUUUUACCAGUCCCACUUAGUUUCUUUUUGAUUCAAUGGUGGCAUCUUGGAUCCAUUGUGUGGCUUAAGGAGAUGUUAAGGAAAUGUUCUGGGUUAUGGAAAUUGUGAAUCUUUGUUCUUUAGUUAACAACACCUAGUCAGAAACUGUACUCCUGUCUGUCACCCUCUGGAGGGUCUCUGUGAAUAGAUAGAUGACACUUGUUGCAAUUGUCCAUCCUACAGCUGUUUUUUAAUGUUAUUCUGGUAUUUGUAGGACUGUCCUAGAUGAGAACAGGUGCUUUAGAGGGAAGGGUUGUGUUCAUUAGGUACCAAAUGGAAGAAAACAGAGAAACAGGGAGGGACUACCUGGACUUGCCCAAUAAGAAAUGCUAAUUUUAGUUUAGUUAUGUUGCAAAGCGCUUUCUGUUGCGUGUCCUAAUGAACACGACCCAGGUGUUAGGGUUAAUCAGUUCCAUUUUUCCUAGGAUAGCCUCUGUCAUCCUCCUCUCUUCCACAGGGAACACAGUAAGCCGUCUCUACCUCUGUGCUGUGAAGGGUUGCUAAAUUCUGAAACUGAAUUUUCAUGAAAACCUAGGAACUUUGGGAAAGUUUCAGGAAUUAUGCAACCCAACUACUGUCUCAUCUGCUCUUACUAUAGCAGCACAGCAACACACCUGUGUCUCUCACCCAGGUUAAAACAACCCAGCUAGCACAGAACGUUCCUGUAACGUUUCCUCGUGGUUCUCCUUUGGUAAUUAGAAAAAUAAUUUGCCUACAACGUUUUGGUAACGUUAUGUUGGCUCAGGAACCUUUCCACAACCUCGGUUUUUUUCCUUCCUAGAACGUAAACCAAAAUUUGUUAGCUGGGAAGAUAAUAUGGAUGGGCAGUUAGGGGUGGGGUGAGGGCAUGGCAUACAAGUGUUUGUGCUCACUGCUCCCCCCAUGCAAGGUGGCGUGUGACAGAGGCUGUUCUUCAGAUUCCACAGGGUGUCCGUUUAAACCCCUCGGCGAGAAAUAGAGAAUGAAGCGGGCAGAGACCCUGGGGGAAGAAAGCCGGAGAGGUAAGGGCAUGUUUCUCAUGCAGGGAUGGAUCAAAGUUAUCUUUCUCUGAAACGCUUUUGUCUCUCGCUCUCUCUUUCUCUUUCUCUCUCUCUCUCUCUCUCUCUCUUUCGCUCGCUCUCACUCGCUCUUGCUCUCUCUCUCCCUCAUAUAAAAAUGUAUUCAUAAAAAUAAUUGAUAGGUUACCACAAUGCACUGUAAAAUGCUGUUCGAUGUUAACAUUGUUUUUAUUUUGAUGUUUAUUUCCAAUGUCCAACGCUGUUUUGUUUUUAUUGCUGAUAAAAAAAUCUACUGUUAACCUGAAACUUUCACCCAAAUGAUCAGUCAGACUUUCAUAUUAGUGUCUCAGGGAAUCGGACCGGUUUUCCCCUUAAAUGCGAGGUGUUGUUGGACUGUUUAACCUCUCAGGCUGGGGGGGUGAAAAAAGUACUUGACUUGUAUCAACAGACUGUACCUCUCACUAAAAGCCUUGUUGGCCUGGUCCGCUGUUGGAACACAAUUCCUGUAGGAUCAGUGCCAGUGAGGCAGGGCAGAGGGGCUUCGGCCUUCCUCCUCUCUGGAUCUUUGGACAAUGACCUAAGGGGAGACGCAACUAAAUAUGAGAUGUCACUUAUCUCAACCCAGAGGACUAGAAACGUAAAUAAAUAAAAAACUGAGGCUGAACCUUACAAAAGACUCUGUUGACCUGAACUUGUGCCUCUAAUGUGAAUUGCGUUUGUUACUCUUUCCUGUUGGAUCUGAUCAGCUCAUUAUUAUUUUUACAUGAGUGCUGUUUGUGCAAUUUAAAAAAAUAGUUUACACAUGGUUUCACGGUUUCUUUUUGCCUAUUUCAAUAAAACAUGCAUUUAUCAACAAUGUAGGUUUGCUGACACUCCCUGUUUGUGGACUGAUUCACUUUACUGUGGAAUUGAUUGUUGGUCCAUCGUAUGUGUGUGUGUCAGUAUGUGUGUGCGAGAUUCAACACUUUUCCCCCCUAUUGCUUUUGUCGCUCUCCGUCUGUAUAGUCUGCUGCCGUUAACUUCCAGACCUUUUAAGCAUUACUGAAUGGCCCCAUACCCACUGUGACUGUAGGUAUAAUGUCUGAAGGUAUCAUAUCUGAAUGUUUGGAUCCGCUUACAUGAUGAUGCAAACAAUAGGAAAUGAUUAUGUUGGAAUGGGAUUCUGUGUCUGUGCCAAAAAACAGCCGUGUCAAAAUCUUUCACUGUUUCUCUCGUUCUCUUUUAAAGGAUCUUAUCAAAAUCUUAGUAAAAGGACAACAGAGGUUAAAGGGCCUUUGUGGUGAAGCGGCUGUUGGAGUACACAGAGCAGGCGGAGCCCGACCUGCCCUACGGCCUGCUGCUGGUCGUAGGGCUGCUAUGCACCGAGCUGGUCCGCUCCUGGUCACUGGCGCUCACCUGGGCCCUCAACUACCGCACAGGCACCCGCCUGCGGGGAGCCAUCCUCACCAUGGCCUUCCACAAGAUCCUGCGGCUCCGCAGCAUCCGAGACAAAUCCAUGGGACAGUUGAUCAACAUGUGUUCUAAUGACGGCCAGCGGAUGUUUGAGGCGGCGGCUGUGGGCAGUCUGCUGGCAGGCGGGCCUCUUAUUGCUGUGCUGGGGAUGGGCUUCAACCUGGCUAUCCUGGGGCCCACCUCCUUACUGGGCUCUGCAGUCUUUAUCCUCUUCUACCCUGCUAUGAUGUUCAGUUCGAGGCUAACGGCCUACUUCAGGAGGAAGGGCGUGGCCGUGACGGACCGCCGGGUCCAGAAGAUGAACGAGAUACUCAACUAUAUCAAAUUCAUCAAGAUGUAUGCCUGGGUCAAGGCCUUCUCCCAGGAUGUGCGCAGGAUUCGAGAGGAGGAGCGCAUCAUCCUAGAGAGGACUGGCUACUUCCAGAGCAUCACAGUGGGUGUGGCUCCCAUCGUUGUGGUGAUCGCCAGCGUUGCCACGUUCUCCACUCACAUGUUGCUGGGCUACGACCUCACCGCCGCUCAGGCAUUUACAGUGGUGACUGUUUUCAACGCCAUGACCUUUGCCUUGAAGGUCACCCCUUUCUCUGUCAAGUCCCUGUCAGAAGCAUCAGUAGCCAUGGAGAGGUUCAAGAGCCUGUUCCUGAUGGCGGAGGUGGAGAUGAUCCGUGACAAGCCCCUGAACCCCCAGGUUGCCGUGGAGAUGAUGGGCGCCAGCUUAGCUUGGGAGACGGCGGGUCACAGUGCCCAGCCCACGCCCCGCGGCACCCCCUCUGUUGGCUCCACCCAGAGGCUUGGGUGCCGGAGGCCCGCCCAGGAGGACGAGGCAGGGGAGCAGGCAGGGCGUCUGCUGAAGGUGGGGGAGAUCCCUCCCAUCCCCUCCGUCAGCCAGCGGCUGCAGAGGACCCUGCACUGUGUGGACCUCACCGUUCAGCAGGGGAAGCUGACUGGGAUCUGUGGAAGCGUGGGCAGUGGGAAGACCUCUCUGAUCUCUGCCAUCCUUGGACAGAUGACCCUGCUGGAGGGCAAGGUGGCCGUGAACGGGGACUUUGCCUAUGUGGCCCAGCAGGCCUGGAUCCUCAAUGCUACGCUCAGGGACAACAUCCUCUUUGGGAAAGAGUACGAGGAGGAAAGGUUCCAGGCUGUUCUGAGUGCAUGCUGUCUGAGACCUGACCUGGCUAUCCUGCCCAACGCCGAUCUGACUGAGAUCGGAGAGCGUGGCGCCAACCUUAGUGGCGGGCAACGCCAGCGGAUCAGCCUGGCGCGUGCCCUGUACAGUGACCGAGCCAUCUACAUCCUGGACGACCCGCUCAGUGCACUGGAUGCCCACGUGGGCAACCACAUCUUCAACAACGCCAUCAAGAAGCAGCUCCGCCACAAGACCAUCGUCUUCGUCACUCACCAGCUGCAGUACCUGGUGGACUGCGAUGACGUCAUCUUCAUGAGGGAGGGCAGCAUCACGGAGCAAGGCAGCCACGAGGACCUGAUGCGUCUCAAUAGAGACUACGCAGCCAUGUUCAACAACCUACAGCUGGGAGAGACGCCCUUCGUGGAGGUGCCAACUAACAAGUCUGGGAACUCCUUAAAGAAACCCCCAGAGAACACAAAGUCUGGAUCUGUAAAGAAGGACAAGCCUGUUAGCAAAGACAACGGCCAGCUGAUGCAGGUGGAGGAGCGUGGGCGGGGCUCAGUUCCCUGGUCUGUGUACGGCGUCUACAUCCAGGCCUCGGGUGGAGCACUGGCUUUCCUCCUAAUCCUGACCCUCUUCGUCCUCAACGUGGGCAGCACGGCCUUCAGCAACUGGUGGCUCAGCUACUGGAUCAAGCAGGGCAGCGGGAAUACCACAGUGUUGGUGGGGAACAGUUCGGUGGUGAGCGAAAGCAUGAGGGACAACCCCCUGAUGCAGCACUACGCUGGAGUCUACGCCUCGUCUAUGGGUGUCAUGCUGCUGCUCAAACUUCUGCGCGGCAUCAUAUUUGUCAAGGGCACUUUGCAAGCUUCGUCCAGGCUGCACGAGGAGCUCUUCAGGAAGAUUCUCCGCAGCCCCAUGAAGUUCUUUGACACCACGCCCACUGGACGGAUCCUCAACCUCUUCUCUAAAGACAUGGACGAGGUGGACACGCGGCUGCCGUUCCAGGCGGAGAUGUUCAUUCAGAACGUCAUCCUGGUCUUCUUCUGCCUGGGCGUGAUCGGCAGCAUCUUCCCCUGGUUCCUAGUGGCUGUGGGCCCCCUGGUGCUGCUCUUCACCGUGCUCCACAUGGUGUCGCGCGUGUUCAUCCGCGAGCUCAAGCGCCUGGAUAAUGUCACCCAGUCGCCCUUCAUCUCUCACAUCACCUCCAGCAUCCAGGGCCUCUCCACCAUCCACGCCUACAACAGGGGCCAUGAGUUCCUGGACAGGUAUCAGGAGCUCCUGGAUCAGAACCAGGCUCCCUUCUACCUGUUCAGCUGUGCCAUGCGCUGGCUGGCCGUGCGGCUGGACGUCAUCAGUGUGGCUCUGAUCAGCAUCACCGCGCUCAUGAUCGUCCUCAUGCAUGGCCAGAUCCCUCCGGCCUACGCCGGCCUGGCCAUCUCCUACGCCGUGCAGCUCACAGGGCUGUUCCAGUUCACAGUCAGACUAGCCUCUGAAACUGAGGCUCGCUUCACUUCUGUGGAGAGGAUUCACCACUACAUUGAGUCUCUAGCGCUGGAGGCCCCGGCCCGCAUCAAGAACAAGGCGCCCCCGCCAGACUGGCCCCAGGAGGGCGAGGUGGUGUUUGACAAGACUGAGAUGAGGUACAGAGACAACUUGCCGCUUGUUCUCAAGAAGGUGUCCUGCACCAUCCGUCCCAAGGAGAAGAUUGGCAUAGUGGGCCGGACGGGCUCAGGGAAGUCUUCUCUGGGCGUAGCUCUGUUCCGUCUGGUGGAGCCCUGCGGCGGCUCCAUCAAGAUGGACGGCAUCAAUAUCUGUGACAUCGGCCUGGCCGACCUCCGCAGCAAGCUGUCCAUUAUCCCUCAGGAGCCUGUGCUGUUCAGCGGCACAGUCAGGUCAAACCUGGACCCCUUUAAACAAUACGCUGAGGAGCUGAUCUGGGACGCUCUGGAGCGGACACACAUGAAGGAGUGUGUGUCUCAGCUGCCCCUGAAGCUGGAGUCAGAGGUGGUGGAGAACGGAGAGAACUUCUCCAUGGGAGAGAGACAGCUGCUCUGUGUUGCUAGAGUCCUGCUCAGACAGUGCAAGGUUUUGAUCUUGGACGAGGCAACGGCAGCGAUGGACUCGGAGACGGAUUCUCUGAUCCAGGAGACAAUCCGCAAUGCCUUUCAGGACUGCACCACCCUGACCAUAGCCCACCGGCUGCACACCGUACUCAACUGUGACCGCAUCAUGGUGCUCAACCAGGGACAGGUGGUGGAGUUUGAUGAGCCGGCCAACCUGCUGGCCAAUGAGAACUCUCGAUUCUGUUCCAUGCUGGCUGCCGUGGAGAACAAGAUCUCUGUGAAAGGCUAAAAUGGGUACAGGAGGCACAGAUGUGCCCUGGAGACGAGGAGAGGGGAGGACGCUCCCAAAGGGGUCCAGCCAUCUGACCUCUUCCUCUGCGUACCCACCCUGAGCUUACCGCUCAGCCUGUGGAGGAGUGCAGCAUCAGACCAUGGAAUUAGAAUUCUACGGUUGCAUCAGGUCCUUGGUAUAAGGCAAGGGCUGCCCUGAGGAGAUGCUUGCUCAGAAGCCAUUUCAGCUGGAAUGGUCAGGGAACCACUGAUACUGUACUGUCUUUAGUAAUAUAUAAGAAAUAAAGCUUUACAUGUAGCUAUAUUCAUAGCAUAACUGGUCUGUUUUAUAGGAUAUAUCUAUAUAUACAUAUAUUUACAGUGGUAAAAUAUGCUUUAUUUUCUACUGACUCUAUGUACAACGUAGUUGUAUGAAAUGUAUUAUUGUAUAUUCACUCGUGUUUUACCAUCAUUGCUGUCUAACUUUGCUGUUUAUUUUUUUUGCGGCUUGAAACAUCUGUAAUCCUUUCUCUUGUGACUUGAACCCACGAGCCCUUAAACCCUGGACCCUGACACACGUGGUGGAUCUGUGGGGCCUAGUGGGAUAUAAGACUCUAGGAGAGAAAUGGUGCUGCUUGUCCUCAGUGUUUUCACUGGGCAAUCAAAAGGACGUGCUUAAAGGUAGAAAUAACCCUGCUUAAAGGUAGAGGGUAUCACCCCUGCUUAAAGGUAGAAAUAACCCUGCUUAAAGGUAGAGGGUAUCACCCCUUCUUAAAGGUAGAAAUACCCCUUCUUGAAGGUAGAAAUACCCCUUCUUGAAGGUAGAAAUACCCCUUCUUGAAGGUAGAAAUACCCCUUCUUGAAGGUAGAAAUACCCCUUCUUAAAGGUAGAAAUACCCCUUCUUAAAGGUAGAAAUACCCCUUCUUAAAGGUAGAAAUACCCCCUUAAAGGUAGAAAUAACACUGCUUAAAGGUAGAGGGUAUCACCCCUUCUUAAAGGCCUUGUAUGUCUGCAACCUAGUCCCUUUCUUAACUCUCUUUCUACCGACUUAUUAUCAUGAUUCUUUUGACUGCUGUUAACUUCAGUUUGUUGUUACUGUUUGUCACAGCCCUUUUGCACUGAUGGUGAAGCUACAGGGGGUCACCAUCUGCUGUUGGGGAGGUCCUGCGACUGUUCUACAUUAUUAUUAUUAUUAUUAUUAUUAUUAUUAUGGUGACAUAAAAGAUGCCUGUUGAGCACAAGGUCUUUGUGAUUUGAACAAGAUUUCAUUCUCUUUGCCCUGACCCAGUGAAUCUUUUAUGUGUGUGUUGUCAAUCUGCUCAUUGACACUGUUUGGACCAGAACCACACAGAUUAUAACACUCCUGCACUGGGUGUAGUAGGGAACCUCUAUCCUGUCUUUGCAGUAUUGAGGUGAUGCUCAUACUGUAACUACAAAUAACCUCGGCAAGCCUUGCAGAAUGUGUGUCAUUCUGUCAUUUCUAUUACUUUUUAUAGCCUUAGCAUGACUUCAUUAUUGCCUUGUUAACAGGGUAGGAUGAAGUGGAAAGGGAUCGCUUUGAAAUAUUCUGUCAAUAAAACUAUUUUAGGUUUA